CGCCUGCGCGGCGGGCGGGCUCGGCGGGGGCGGGCUGCGGGCCUCGGCGCUCCCCAGCUGAACUGGUUCCCGCUGGGUCCGGGUCGCCGCCGCCUCCGCCCAGCUUCUCUCGCCUCAUGGUGCGCCUGUGAGGCGGCCCACAGGCCCACGCCCCCCCGGCAUGGAGCACAUCCGUACGACCAAGGUUGAGCAAGUGAAAUUACUUGACAGAUUCAGUACCAACAACAAGUCAUUAACAGGAACACUAUAUCUUACAGCCACACAUCUAUUAUUUAUAGACUCUCAGCAGAAAGAAACCUGGAUUUUGCAUCAUCAUAUUGGCUCAGUGGAGAAACUGGCUUUGACGACUUCUGGAUGCCCACUUGUCAUUCAGUGCAAGAACUUCAGGAUUGUGCAUUUCAUUGUUCCCAGAGAAAGAGAUUGCCAUGAUAUUUACAACUCUUUGCUACAACUGUCAAAACAAGCAAAAUACGAAGAUCUCUAUGCGUUCUCUUAUAACCCCAAACAAAAUGAUUCUGAACGACUGCGUGGUUGGGAGCUUAUUGACCUUGCUGAGGAAUAUAAGAGAAUGGGUGUGCCAAAUUCAAACUGGCAGUUGUCUGAUGCCAACCGAGAAUACAAGAUUUGUGAAACUUAUCCAAGAGAACUUUAUGUUCCCCGAAUAGCAAGCAAACCAAUAAUUGUUGGUAGUUCUAAGUUCCGGAGCAAGGGAAGAUUUCCAGUUCUUUCCUACUAUCAUCAAAAUAAGGAGGCUGCCAUUUGUCGAUGUAGUCAACCACUGUCAGGAUUCAGUGCCAGGUGUCUAGAAGAUGAACAUUUGCUUCAAGCCAUUAGUAAAGCCAAUCCAGCCAAUCGCUAUAUGUAUGUCGUGGAUACCAGGCCUAAACAUCGCAAGCAGAGCUGGUGGGCUACACAAAAGGACAUUGGCAGAAUUAUAGUGAGGAUUUCUUCAAAAAUCUGGAAUGAUGAAAAAAUAAGAGAAAGCGAUGAGAAAAAGCGACUGAAUGCAAUAGCCAACAGAGCAGCUGGAAAAGGUUAUGAAAAUGAAGACAAUUAUUCUAAUAUUAGAUUUCAAUUUGUUGGAAUUGAAAAUAUUCAUGUCAUGCGGUCCAGCCUUCAGAAGUUAUUGGAAGUCUUAGACAAUUUAUACUUUCAGUACAUCUCAAUUUGGACUAUCUACAUUUCAGUUAAUGGUACCAAAGGGCUUUCUGUCAAUGAUUUCUACUCUGGUUUGGAGAGCUCAGGAUGGCUUCGCCAUAUCAAAGCUGUCAUGGAUGCUGCAAUCUUCUUAGCCAAAGCAAUAAUGGUGGAAAAUGCAAGUGUGUUGGUUCAUUGUUCUGAUGGCUGGGAUAGAACUUCCCAGGUUUGUUCUCUUGGCUCUCUUUUAUUGGAUUCCUACUACAGAACAGUCAAAGGAUUCAUGGUUUUAAUAGAAAAGGAUUGGAUCUCCUUUGGACAUAAAUUUUCAGAGAGGUGUGGCCAUUUGGAUGGAGACCCAAAGGAAGUUUCACCGGUGUUUACUCAGUUCUUGGAAUGUGUGUGGCAUUUGACUGAACAGUUUCCACAAGACUUUGAAUUCAAUGAAGCGUUUCUUCUGCAGAUUCAUGAACACAUUCAUUCAUGCCAAUUUGGAAACUUCCUUGGAAAUUGUCAGAAGGAAAGAGAAGAACUCAAGUUAAAGGAGAAGACUUACUCCCUGUGGCCAUUUCUUCUGGAUGACCAAAAGAAGUACUUAAAUCCACUCUACAGUUCCAACUCUCAGCAGUUUGCUGUUUUAGAGCCAAAUACAGCAUCUUUCAAUUUUAAGUUUUGGAGAAACAUGUACCACCAAUUUGAUCGAACAUUGCAUCCCAGGGAGUCGGUGUGUAACAUAAUUAUGAAUAUGAAUGAACAAAAUAAACAGUUAGAGAAAGACAUUCAAGACUUAGAAUCUAAAAUUAAUAAACGCAAAAAUGAGCAAAUAGAUGGAGUUCUCACCAAUGAAUUGUUACAUCCAGUUCAUCCUGAAUCACCUAUCAUCAAAACCUCCCUAAGUUUUAAGGAGCAGACUCUAUUACCUGUGAAUGAUACUCUUCGAACUAUAGAGGGCAGCAGCCCAGCGGAUAAUCGUUACAGUGAAUACGCAGAGGAGUUUUCCAAAUCCGAACCUGCUGUGGUCAGCUUAGAGUAUGGUGUGGCAAGAAUGACUUGUUAGGCUCCUAGAGUAUUUUCUGGACUGACUGUAGUGCAAGAAAUGGAUUAUUGUGAGGAUGAUCUGUGUGCAUGACGAGAAGGAAUUUGUCUAAUAAUGAUCUUAGAGUUUAAUAGUAGAUUAAUCGUUUAAGGAAGGAAAAUAACUGCUCUUGUGAGAGGAAUUAGUGUAACUGCUUUAGUUACAUUAGUGUAAAUGACAUUUCUUUAAGAAACAAGUGAUAUUGACGUUUAUUCAAAACACAAUUUGCAUUGUAUACUAGCAAAUUGACAUUUCUGUAUGAUUUAUAUGAUAGAGUCAAACAUGAAUAACCUUACUUAACUAUAAUUUAAUUACCAGAAAACAGAACUUGACAAGGCAAUCCCUUAAUAAAUGACAUGGCAUGUUCUUUCAAUUAUGCAACCAUGUAACUGAAUUUUUACAUAUUUUACCUAUAGUGAUGUUUAAUGUUGUGCCAUGAAAAAUAUUUCUAAGAAAGCCUUAAAAUCUCAGUUUAUUCUUUACUCUUAGGUUUUAUAGCCAAGAGCAGAAUUUUGUGUUUGGUUUUCUUUUUGCCAGCCUUGUUUUAUCUGUGAAGUCUAUACUCAUUACUGCAGGCCUUGCAUGUUACAGUACUCCUAUAUAGAAAGUUGUAUAGGCACUCUGUUAAGUUCAUGUGUAGCUCAUUCUACUUCCAUAGUCAAAAUGAAACCACAGUUUUUAUUCUACUUACAGUUUGCUUAGUACUACAUGUGAUGACUUAUUAAUUAUAACAUAGGUUGUUGAUUUUUAAAAAUAUGUACUAAGCACAUUUGACGAUCUUUCAUAUGUGCAUUACUGCAUUGUAUUGAUUCUUAUUUUGUGGUUGGCUUUAUUCUUUUGAUAACUUUGUAAUUUUAAAAAUAUAAAGUUCUAAAACUGUUCUUAGAACAAUGAAUAAUACACAUGUAUUUUUAAACUGUUUUACCUCUCAAUGAGUUACUGCUCUUCCUAGAAUAUUUUACUUUCCAUUUACCUAGACAUUUUGGGAUAAAAUUAAAAGGGAAAUACAGAUAAUUAUAUUUUGCUUGGUUAUAUGAAUCUUAAAGCAGUCAUUUCUAUAUGGAAUAAUAUUUUCUGUUAAUAUAUAAGGAAGAGUUUUAUUUUACCUUGUUUUUUAAAAAAGCACA